GAAAAAAAACCUCGGGGGGGAGUCGUGGGGGGGGUCCUGAGAACAUCUUAUAAACCGGAUUGCACUGGGAGGAGGAAAAAAAAAAGCAAAAAAGAUACAAAAUAUACAAGCAAAAGGCAACAAUUCCCCGGUCUCCAGCAGUCGCCCACCCUCCCUUUCCUUCUCUCCUGCUGGCCAUCUGCCUUGGGUUCUCCUUUGUGUCUGAUCUCUUACUACUGAGCCGAGCGCAGGCGGAGGGUGCACCACACACAGGGACUAUGCCCAGCUCGCUUUUUGCAGACAUGGAGAGGAACGGGAGCGGCGGCGGCGGCGGUGGUGGUGGUGGUGGCGGGGGAGAGACCCUGGAUGACCAAAGAGCCCUUCAGAUCGCCCUGGAUCAGCUCUCCCUGCUGGGGCUGGACAACGACGAGACGGGCUCCAUUUACGACAACGAGCCUCGGAAAAAGAGCGUGAACAUGACUGAAUGCGUGCCGGUGCCCAGCUCGGAACAUGUCGCUGAGAUAGUGGGGAGACAAGGUUGUAAAAUCAAAGCUCUGCGGGCAAAGACCAACACCUACAUCAAGACCCCGGUUCGCGGGGAGGAGCCGCUCUUUGUUGUGACGGGCAGAAAGGAAGAUGUGGCCAUGGCCCGCAGGGAGAUCAUCUCUGCGGCCGAGCACUUCUCCAUGAUCCGAGCCUCGCGGAACAAGAACACAGCCCUGAACGGCACCGUCCCCGGCCCCCCGAACCUGCCCGGCCAAACCACCAUCCAGGUGCGGGUGCCUUAUCGCGUGGUGGGCUUGGUCGUGGGGCCCAAGGGGGCGACCAUCAAGCGCAUCCAGCAGCAGACGCACACGUACAUCGUGACCCCGAGCCGGGACAAGGAGCCGGUCUUUGAAGUGACAGGCAUGCCAGAGAACGUGGACCGUGCCCGGGAGGAGAUCGAGGCGCACAUCGCCAUGCGCACCGGCGGCAUCAUCGAGCUGACGGACGAGAACGACUUCCACGCCAACGGCACGGACGUGGGCUUCGAGCUGAACGGCACGGGCAGCCUCUGGAGCAAGCCCACGCCGCCCAGCAUCACACCCACCCCGGGCCGCAAGCCCUUCUGCAACUACCGCAACGACAGCUCCAGCUCGCUGGGCAGCGCCUCCACCGACUCCUACUUCGGGGGCGGCACCGGGGGGGGCGGCAGCGCCCGCCUGGCCGACUACAGCCCCCCGAGCCCGGCGCUGAGCUUCUCGCACAACGGCAACAACAACAACAACAGCGCCAACGGCUACGUGUACGGCGGGGGCGGCGGCGACGUCCUCUCCUCCCCGGACUGCUGCUCCGAGCUGCCCUUCGACUCGCCGCCCGGCUUCGACCUGGCGCCCGCCCCGCCGCCCGGGGCCGCCCUCCUCUGGCCGCAGUUCGAGCGCGGCCCCGCCGCGCCGCCCUCGCCCGCGCCCUCGCCCGCCGCCGCCGCCGCCUUCCCGGGCGCCGCGCCCGCCAAUGCCAACCUGGCGCUGCUGGUGAGCGGCCCCCGGCGCGGCGCCGCCCCGCCCCCGGCGCGGCUCUCCCCGCCCCUGCACGGCAGCGCGGCCGGCACCGAGCACCCGCUGGCGCGCCGGGUGCGCAGCGACCCGGGCGGGCGGCUGCUGGCCGCCUCCUACCCGCUGUACGCCAACGGGCUGGGCGCCCACCUGCCCGGGCUGCCCUCCGACUCCUCCGCCUCCUCGUCCUCCUCCUCCAGCUCCUCGUCCAGCUCCUCCUGCUCCUCCUCUGGCGUGCGGCGGAAGGGCAGCCGCGACUGCUCGGUGUGCUUCGAGAGCGAGGUGAUCGCGGCGCUGGUGCCCUGCGGCCACAACCUCUUCUGCAUGGAGUGCGCCAACCGCAUCUGCGAGAAGACGGAGCCGCAGUGCCCCGUGUGCCACAGCGCCGUCACCCAGGCCAUCCGCAUCUUCUCCUGAGCGCCGCGGGCCGGGGGCACGGACCGGGGGGGCCGGCGGGGCCGGGGCCGCCGCACGCCGAGGGGCGCGGGCAGCGGCCGAGGGAGGGCUGGGGGGUGGUGUGACAGCGGGUGCAUGCUAUAAAUAAUAACGGGCGACUCCAUUCUAGUGCUAGGCUAGUUUUUACACUGUACUUUAAUACGAAGCUUCCAAAACUCCCCUUUUUUUAUAAACAAACAAACAGAAAAAAAAAAAGAAAAAAAAACAGAAAAAAAAAAUUGAAAGUAGAAGAUGCUUAUGAUGAUGACAAUGGUGUGUGGACUGUUAGUAAAACGUGCUGGUAGUUCUAGGAUGCUUAUUACAAAAUAAUUAAAUCUAUGGGUGGAUACUUUUCUGAAUGUUCUUGAAAGGGCAAGAAGUUCCUGUGAAAAACCAUGAUACUGCAGCUUUAUCAGACUUUUAAAAAGAAAAAAGAAAAAAAAAAACCAACAAAACUGUAACAUAUCUCUUAUAUAUAUUAAAAACGUUUAAAGGUUUUAAAGAUAAAUUGCAUUAAUACAGAUUGAAGUAUUUUAUUCUUUUUUGACUUGAAAAAUUAUAUUUCAUAUUGCAAAGAUGUUUACAAGUAUUUUAAUUUAAGUUCAGUGAACUUUUUGUAGCUGGGUUAAAUCUUUUUUAUUUUAGUAUGGCCUUAUGGCAAAGAACACUGUAUUAUUUUAAUAUCACACAAUUGUGAACGGAAUUACAAACCAUAAAAUGUGUAAUGCUUUGAACAGUA